AAACGUCAGUUACGUCUGGGACGGCACACAGCGGCUCCCGCUUGGGACACUUUCUCAAUCCCUUUCCCUUUUCUCAGUCCAGAAUGACUGUGAAAAUGGAUGGUCCUCCAAUAUAAAGACUUUGAGCAUCAAUAUGCGUGGAAGUGGAAUAAAUAAAUCUGAUACGCACCCAGCUGCUGCUAGCACGCGAGGCAGCUAGCCAACGUAGCAGCUCACCAGCCUGUGGGAAACGAGCUAGUCGUGGCUAGGCUAGCUGCAGUUAUCUUCCGAGACGUGGAACCGCCGUACCUGGUCGCGGAGCCAGAUAGGUAAUUGUUUUUGGGUAACGUAAAAAGGACAAAAUGGAGCUGUUUCAGGCCAAGGACGAAUAUAUUCUUCAGAGCGGGGACCAUGCUCUGUGGUGCAGCCGAAAAGACGGGACCAUGACUGUCAGACCUGCAACAGACCUGUUGUUGGCAUGGAAUCCAGUUUGUUUGGGUUUGGUGGAAGGUGUCAUUGGAAAAAUACAGCUUCACACAGACCUUCCACUUGGCCUUGUAUUAAUCCGCCAGAAAGCACUUGUUGGCCAUUUACCAGGCAACCACAGAGUUUACAAGAUCACCAAGAUAGCUGUUAUUCCCUUGUCUGAUGAAGAGCCUCAGGAGCUUGACUUGGAGGGAAGCUACGUGGAUGGUGAGACAGAAUAUUUUCAACUUUGCAAGAAGCAUCACUUUGGAAUCGACAAACCAGAGAAACUGGCCCAGUCUCCAGAUGAGUCAAAGUUAAUGAAAACUUUGAGUCAGAUCAAAUCUAAUGUGGCCGUGCCCAUCAAGAAAAAGUAUUCCCCUGCCUUCCAGGUCAAGGAAAACAAAGAGAAGGAGCGUCUGGAGAGGCGGCUACUCGAUGAGCUCUACAAGAUAUUCAUGGACUCUGACUCCUUCUACUACAGCAUGACCUACGACCUGACAAACAGUGUGCAGCGUCAGGGAGACUCGAAUAAGUCUAACUUACCCCUAUGGAAGCAGGUGGAUGACCGUUUCUUCUGGAACAAACAUAUGAUCCAAGAUCUUAUUAACCUUCAGGUCCCAGAGGUAGACUUCUGGGUGAUACCAAUCAUUCAGGGUUUUGUACAAGUGGAAGAACUGGUGGUGAACUACAAUGAGACAUCUGAUGAGGAGCGGAGCAGCCCUGAAACUCCACCAAAGGAGAUCACCUGUGUUGAUGACAUCCAUCCUCGCUUCACUGUGGCCCUGAUCUCCAGACGCAGCCGCAACCGUGCUGGGAUGCGGUACAAACGGAGAGGAGUGGACACGGAAGGUCACGUGGCUAACUAUGUGGAGACAGAACAGCUGAUCCACGUGCACAGCCACACUUUGUCUUUUGUGCAGACUCGAGGCUCUGUGCCUGUCUUCUGGAGCCAGGUGGGGUAUCGUUACAACCCCCGUCCACGACUGGAGAAAGGAGAGAAAGAGACCAUGCCUUACUUUGCAGCUCAUUUUGAAAAACAGCUUGAACUUUACAAAAAACAGGUCAUCAUUAACUUAGUGGAUCAAGCCGGACGGGAGAAGCUAAUCGGUGAUGCAUAUCUGAAGCAAGUCCUGCUUUAUAACAACUCAAACCUGACAUAUGUUUCAUUUGACUUCCACGAGCAUUGCCGUGGUAUGAAGUUUGAGAACGUGCAAAUACUGACAGAUGCAAUUUCUGAUAUCAUCACAGACAUGAAGUGGACCUGGGUGGACCAAGCAGGAGUCAUCUGCCAGCAGGAGGGAAUCUUCAGAGUCAACUGUAUGGACUGUCUGGACAGGACCAAUGUGGUGCAAGCUGCUAUUGCUCGGGUGGUAAUGGAACAGCAGCUGAAGAAACUGGGUGUGAUGCCUCCAGAGCAGCCUCUUCCUCUCAAGUGCUACAGGAUUUAUCAAGUCAUGUGGGCCAACAAUGGCGACACCAUCAGCAGACAGUACGCCGGCACGGCAGCACUCAAGGGAGACUUCACCCGGACAGGCGAGAGAAAACUGGCUGGUGUGAUGAAGGAUGGAGUGAACUCUGCCAAUCGCUAUUACCUGAACCGUUUCAGAGAUGCAUACAGACAAGCAGUAAUUGAUCUCAUGAUGGGGCAUCCAGUGACGGAGGACCUCUACUCCAUCUUCAGCAAAGAAAAGGAGCAUGAAGAAAAAGAGAAGGAGAGCCAAAGAGGAGCCCAGGAGCAGGUCAGCCUCCUGUUACAGACCUACAUGCAGCUGCUGCUGCCAGAUGAUGAGAGGUUUCACGGAGGUUGGGCCCUUAUCAAUUGUGACAUGAGCCUCAUUGAUGCAACCAACAAAGAUGUGGAUGUGCUGCUGCUCCUCUCUGACAAAGCCUACUACAUUGCUUACUAUGAUGAGGAGGCAGAUAAAGUCAACCAAUACCAACGUCUCAAUUUAGAGGGUUUGGAAAAGAUUGAAAUUGGUCCAGAGCCUACCCUGUUUGGAAAGCCAAAGUUCUGCUGUAUGCGUUUGCACUACAGGCAUGAAGAAACAAGUGGAUACUUCCACACGCUGAGAGCAGCAACACGAAAUCCAGAGGAUGAUGGGAAAGAUACAUUGCAAUGCAUAGCUGAGAUGCUUCGCAUAACUAAACAGGCCACAGGAUUGGACCUACUUGUUGUUGAGAAGAAGCUGGAAAGGCGGCAAAGUAAACCCCAUGAGGACAUAAAGGGGAUCCAAAACAAACCUGCUGACCAAGUUCAGGGCAGCUCUGGCCUUGCACAGGGCAAAAGUUUCCUCCUAAACAAAUUCUCCUCUCUCAAUCAGAAAGUGAAACAGACCAAGACAAACGUAAACAUUGGCCCAUUUAAGCCUCUCGGUAAGCUGGGAAACUUCUCCAAGCCUGAUGUGACUGUAAGUUUCCUCAAACCAACUAUGCAUGUCAACUUGUGGAAGUCAGACAGCAGCCUGGAGACAUUGGAGAACAAUCCUGGCACAGGAGCCCUAAAGGACAUCGUUGGUGGACAUUAUGAUCACUCCUCGGACUCAGACUCCUACAACUCAGACCCUGAACAUCCAGGCUCUGGUUCUCUAGAGAAAGUGGACUAUGUGCUGCCUAGCUGUGGCAUCGUAGCAUCAAACUCGCGCCUUGGCAGUCGCUCUCAGUCCAUCGGUAGUGUGGAGCUAAAUAUCCCCACUGUUGUUCGGGUCACUGGUUGUGAUGGAAACCAAGAAAGUUCCUCUCAAAUAAGUGAUGAUAAGUCACCAGGGGCUGCCUCAGUGGCUGAAGAAGCCAUUCUUAUAGAUUUUGGUACUCCCAUUGAUGCCUACUGCCACCAGUUUGUCCAAGAUGCACAGACCAAACCUGUUGAGGUGUUUGGCGAGCGGCCCCCAGGUGCUGUACCUCCAUUUAACCCUGUAGUGCCUGUGCAGAAUAAGAACCCAGCAGACUCAGACAAGCAGCCAUGCUCAGAGCUGCAGAAUCAGCUUGAGGAGCCCCAGCUCCCCAGGCCAUCCCAGCUAGAUGUCCAAACCGCUACCUCUGCUUCAAACCUCCUUUCUGUCCAGAAGCCCAGCUCUGCAGUAUCAGGAGACUCUCAGAGGAGUCUGUCUUCACUGAUGGAGGGCAGUCUCGGGCCUUCACCUGCUGACAGCAAUGGCAGCCGAGUCGUGUCUCCUUUUGCCAAGAUCAAGAGUUCAAUGGUCCAGGUGGCCAGCCUCACCCAGGCUGGCCUGACCCAAGGCAUCAACUACGCUGUUGCAAAGGUUCAGAAGAGCCCAGAACCAGAUGCUGUCAACGAGGCCCAAGAGAACGAAUUGAAGGCAAUGUUUACACAGUGCCAGACCAGGAUCAUUCAGAUCUAGUGCUUUCAUUGUAGCAGGUUUUGUAGUUGUAAGUCAUCAAGUAACUUCCUUUAAGGUAGCAGCAGCUAGAGCUUGCACAGAGCAUCACUAUUCGGCCAUGAAACGUGCUCUUAGAUUUCCCCUUUAGUUAAAUUUUCCCACUCUUGUACAGAAUUAACAAAUAUAUUCUCCAAGUCCAACAUGGUGGUAAUUAUGUUUACGUGCACAUGAUUAUUUAUUCGCCCCUUUUUUGUGUGUGUUUUUAAAGCACUGAUUUUUUUUUUUUCUUUUGCCACGCAAUCUUGCACACUGAUGGAUAUGUUUUCACACGUUCUCUCUUUUUGAUUUAAUAAUCAGUUGUGCCUCCCUGUGGAAAUUGCAAUAAUGUUGACAUCAUGUCUUUUCUGAUUUAAAUGUGUCAGAGUACCAGUGCGUGUUACCUUAGAGUGUAGAAGUAGCAUGUGGUUAAUUUUUUUUAGUUGACUGGGAAUCUUCAGUCAUUCAACUCCUAAAUCGCUCCAGAAAUACUAGCCGUUGAAGCAGAUUAAAUCAUGGGUACAGUUCUCCUAAACUUGUCAUGAAUAAUUAAGUUUUUUUUUAAAAACACCUUAUAAGUACUUCCAGAGGGGGUAUGUAGAGUAAUAUUGUCUAUGUAAAUGUGUCACUGUUUCUAGUCAGAAGUUCCAUAACUCAGCACUUGAAUCUGUGAUUAAUGGUAACAACUGGUUAGUAUUAGCUAACCAUGUAGAAAGAUCAACUCGACUUGAUGUGCUGUACAUCAUCCUGUAUAUGCAGGUCACCUGUGAUGUAGACCUCUUAAAUAACCUUUAGUUUGUUGUACAAAUUAACCAAAUAUCCAUUUGUGAAUUCCAAAGGACAGUUCUAUGUGGAAUAUUACCCUUUUCCUAGCAGUCACAAGAUAGCCAGAUGACGUACUGUACGUAGUUAUACUGUCAUAUCAGUGUUGUGAAGUGUAACUUAAGACAAUAUACCGUUUUAGAAAUAAUGACUACAUAAGACUUUAGAGUAUCCUGGGUGUCAAUAUGUACAGUGAGUAUUGUUUAUUUGUUCCUGAGCAGAGCUUUUCCUCAAGCUUUUUGCAUUAAUGUUUGGGUGGUAGCUUGUUUUAAGAGGUAUGAACAUUAUAUUUUGGAAAAGAAAGCCCUGUACUAUUUCAGCCAGAGGCUGGAGUUGUUUCCUAUACAAGAGUUUGUUUUAAUUGAAUCCUUGGCCAGCAUUGUACAUUGACACUGCAUGUUUGACUAGGACCGGAGUGUAGCAUAUACUAAGUAUAUAUGCAGUUGCACCCACCCAUUUAUUCGAAACACUGACGCUUUAUGCACUCCCCAAACUUAAAGCAUAUUUGCCUUAAUAAGGAAUUAAAGUGAGAUUAUGUAUAUCAGGUAUUUAUGGCAAAAUCUACCUUUUUAAGUCCAUUCUUACAUGUUACAUUUGGUGUACUGUAUAAAAUACGUUCAGGGUUACUGUGUCAUCAAACUUUGUCUUGGGGUAUUUCAUAUAAACCAGCACAUGGAUUAUUUGUAGAAAUGAGCAGGAUUUAGACAUAGACAAUAUGCUACUUGUGUGUACUGUAUGUUUAAGUUUGUCUGUUAGAGCACUCCUGCUCUAUUAUGAAACCCUAGUAGUAUUUAGAUGCUAUGAAGGUGUAAAUCUUGCACUUUUUUUUAAAGAUAACCUCACUGAGUGAGGUUUGCCUCAGUCCUCCAUUCAGUUUUACAGUUGCUGUUGAAAAUCCUUCAUAGGAUGUUGUUAAAGGACGUUAUAUUAAACAGUGACCACCUCAUUCCAUUGUAUAUAGUGGUGUUUGAUAGAUAAACUGGUUUGUUAUAAGCUGAAAUAUCCCAAGAUAAAACUGUGCAUGUUUCUUUUUUUGUAUUCUCCACUCAGCUUGGUCGCCAGCAGGUAAAAUGUGUGUUGUUUAUUUAUCAGGUCAUGGUUGUGUUUCAUAAGACUGUAGUCUUGGCUGCUUUGUGGGUGCUGCUGAUAGUAUGUGGUGCUGCCAAAGCUUUAAGGUAAUAGCUGUAAUGCAAAGUUUAAAUGUUGAGGGUAAAAGGUGUUUUUAAACUUCAUUCAGGUUUGCAAACACUGGAGCAGUUCUCAAGCAGAACAUACACUUAUUGAGUACUAAAGUGGCUGUGUUAAGCUAAAAAUGAGCAGUAAUCUUCAACAUUCCUAAUAAAUUAUGAUGAGAUGUUUUUUUUAUGCAAAAGCUGGCAGUUAUUGGAGCUUAUAUUUGCUGGGUGAGAUUUUCUUUUUGUCUCUAUCCAUUCAUUUUCACACCAAGUGCAUUUGCAUCCACCUCUUCAUUUGUUGUGGUUGUUGUCCUCUUUCAUCAGGGCCCCAAAUCAUGACAUCUUGUGCAUAGAGAUCUUUAAGCAUUUGAUUUGCACUGUUAAAGCACAUUCAACUAGCACUGACAGUCAAAUCUCUCCUCUUUUACCAACUGACUGUUGUUAUUGUUUUUCACAGUGUAUUGAGAUUGUAUUGUAUAUUAAAGUACCCUAUUUAUUA